AAAAUACAAUAAUCUGCGUCAAGUGUUUCGAAACACUUUCAUCUUUUCCCUUUUGUUACCUUAUUACAAAAAUAAAAUUAAAAAUAGUGUGACAGAUGGAGUUACUUUAAACAAAACUUUUGUCCUCCUUGUAAGGCUGAGCUUUCGUCAAUUAAAGCUAAGCACUUCCCACACCACACUAAACCCCCCCUUUUCCACUCCCUCUCUCUCUCUCUCUCUCCCUCUUCUUGGGGCUACUGUGUUAGUAGUCCACUCAAAACUUGCUCACCAAUUUGUAAUGUGUAAAAAGUAGUGUAACUUAGCAAGAUUUGGUGUGGAGAAUGGCCUAUAUGUGUACUGACAGUGGAAAUCUAAUGGCAAUUGCUCAACAAGUCAUUAAGCAAAAACAGCAGCAAGAGCAGCUUCAACAGCAAGAACAGCAGCAACAUCAGCAGCAAUUCUUGGGUGUUAAUCCUCUGUGUAUGAACCCAUGGACUACCUCUCAUCAGAGCUUGACUAAUAGCCCCACCACUUUAGGGUAUGGACUUACCGGGUCAGGUUUUGCUGACCCAUUUCAGGUUGCCGGUGGACCGGAUGGUGGUGAACCGGGAUUUCAGUUCCCGAACUUGGAACACCAUUCGACCGGGUUUAGGUUUGCUGAUUUCGGCGGUGGACCGGGUGGUGAGUUUGACUCGGAUGAGUGGAUGGAGAGUUUGAUGGGCGGUGGAGAUUCUGCUGGAAGUUCCAAUCUUCAAUCUGGUUGCGACGCGUGGCAGACGAGUUCCGAAUUCACUACCCUCUACGGAGAUCCCUUCUCCAGUUGUCCCAAUCGACUCAGUACUGGCUCUUCUCCUCCUCCGCCUCCCCCUCCGCCUCCUUCCGAUCUCAUUUUUUCCGAAACCCAGAAAAAUCUAAGCUCACUACAACCACAAACAUCUCAGUGGGUCCCACCAUCUUCUUCUCCUCUUCCAGUGGUUCAACUUCCCUGUAAAGAAUCCAAAGUGGUAUCAGUGAAGAAUCCAGUUGAUGUGCCCUGUAGUUCCCCUGAAAGUUUCACGUCAAACCCAUUGUUGAAAUCCUUGGUGGAAUGUGCGAGACUCGCUGAUUCAGAGCCUGAAAAUGCAGCAAAAUCUUUGAUUCGACUAAAGGAAUCAGUUUCCCAACAAGGAGAUCCAACAGAGCGAGUUGGGUUCUAUUUCUUGGAAGCUCUUUACAAUAGGCUGUCGGAGUUUCAAGAACAGAAAACCCCGACAAUCUUUUGUACUACUCCUGAGGAGCUUACUUUGUCUUACAAAGCGUAUAACGAUGCAUGUCCGUACUCAAAGUUUGCUCAUUUAACGGCUAAUCAGGCUAUUCUUGAAGCGACUGAAAAAGCAACGAGGAUUCACAUAGUAGAUUUUGGAAUUGUUCAUGGUAUUCAAUGGGCUGCUUUUUUACAAGCUUUAGCUACUAGAUCAGCUGGGAAACCAGUAAGUGUUAGAAUCUCGGGCAUUCCAUCAGUGGUACUGGGUAACUCUCCGGCAGCUGCACUUUUAGCUACAGGGAAUCGUCUUCGUGAUUUCGCUAAGCUUCUGGAUCUCAACUUUGAAUUCGAGCCGAUAUUGACACCAGUUCAGGAGCUAGACGGGUCUAGUUUUCGAAUUGACCCGGAUGAAAUCUUGGCAGUGAACUUCAUGUUGCAGCUGUACAAUUUACUGGAUGAGUCAAAUGUUGGUGUAAAAACUGCACUCAAUCUUGCCAAGUCAUUGAAUCCGAGCAUAGUGACGUUAGGCGAGUACGAGGUGAAUUUGAACAACGUUGGAUUCUUGCAGCGGUUUAAGAAUGCACUAAAAUACUACUCAACAAUUUUCGAGUCACUGGAUCCGAACUUAACCCGAGACUCCCCGGAGAGAGUACAAGUGGAAAGACUGAUACUUGGACGGAAAAUUGCCGGAGCAGUGGGGGAAGACGAUGGCGGAACAAGAAGAGAAUGUAUGGAAGAUAAAGAACAUUGGAGAGAAUUAAUGGAAGGGGCUGGUUUUAAGGCUGUUACACUUAGCCAUUAUGCAAUGAGUCAAGCAAAAAUACUUCUUUGGAACUAUAAUUACAGUUCGUCAUUUGGAUUAAUUGAUUCUGCACCUGGGUUUCUCUCCUUGGCUUGGAAAGAUAAGCCCCUUUUGACUGUUUCUUCAUGGCACUAAUUAAUUCUACAUCAGUUAUGUGGUCUGGUUCUGUUUAGGUACUUAAUUGUAAGUGCUUAAUUUCAGCUUUAUUGUUCUUUGUAGAUUAAUUAAAGAGUAGUUAGUAUAGAAAGAUGAUAUUUUUGAGCUCCCUGGGAUCUGGAACAGCAAGUUAACUUUUGUAGCUUGAAUUUCAAGAUGAAGCCUUCUCUCUGUUUAUAUGAAUAGUGUACUCUCUUUAGUG